CAAAGCGGUGGCCGCAGCUGGCCCGGGUUCGCACUCGGGACUAUCAGCAAGCUGGGGGGGGGGGUGAGAAGCGGUGGCCGUGGCUCCUGGUCGGGACACAUUAUUGAGCAGUAAUGGUGAUGAUGUAUGUCCAGACUUUAAGAGACACGGGUCCUUAUAACCAAAGGACGAGUCCUACCGGCGAUGAGGAGGAUGGUGUGGUCCAGUUGAUGAAGAGACUCCUUCACCAUAGCUUCGCUGGCGAAGCGGUAACAAAUUCAAAGAAGAUAAAGCACAGUGAAAACCCCUUUGAGAGACGUUAUAACGUAGAAAAUGAACGCCUUAUUCCUACUUCAGAUACAUAUUUCGUGAAUCAAUCUGGAAAUGAUUUUAUUUUUCUGGAGGAAUUUUUGGAAGAGAGGACCUGCCAGCAUCUAGCUAAGCAGAUAGAGCACUGCCUGUCCACUUCCAAGAAAUCCCAGUUGCAAUGCCAGGAGCUCUUGAUCCCUCAGUACAUGAGCCGAAGAAUAGCACAGGAUGUAGUUCGAAUGGCUGCCAGUGAGCCCUGUGGACUGCGUGGUGCUGUGAUCUAUGUUAAUCUGGAACAUGAGAACACAAAUAAGAAGCUGGGAAAAAUAGUGUAUGACAGCACUGUAAUUCCUACCUUUGAAUUGACUCUGGUCUUUAAACAAGAUAACAACUCCUGGCCUAGUCUAAGGGAUUUCUUUUCCAUAGGGACUUGUUUCACACAUGCAUCAAGGAGGGUGUUGAAACUUAGUCCAGGAUUUCGACUGGUCAAAAGAAAAUUGUAUUCUUCUGUCGGACCAAUUGUUGAAGAGUGCUGAUUAAGUGCCAAAUUAGAUCUUGGAGGAAAUUUGUGCUGACAAUUCUGAUUAUGGUUUAUUAAGGCUUAAUGAUUGCUACUGAGCCUGGAACAGAAGUUUUUCUGUAAAUAUUCUCAUGCACAAAAUGCUACAGUUUCUUACAAUGACUGUUAAUAACUUGAAUUUUACUAAUAUUUUUGAAGAUUUGGGAUGCUGAAGUGACCAGGGCAGGAAGCAGAGGAUGCAUAAUGGAAAUUCACAUUAUUGUAUUUUUCACAUUGUGUUCUCCUUCUCUGUCACUGUUAGAGGUAGAUAAUUUUGGUUAUGGCUGAGGAACAUUGAAAGUAUGUGGUGACGGUAAAGGGGGAGCAAAGUGCAUGAGGGAAAAUUCAGGGAAAUGAGAUGAAGAAAAUGAAGUGUGGGUAAACUUUUAGUUGGAAGAGGCAAUGAGGAAGUAAUGAAUUGAAACAUCAGUACACUACAUUAUUAAGCUGUGUAAUUGAGAAAUGAUUACUUGGUUGAAAGGAGUUUAAAAGGUCUGCUUUUUGUCCUCUUUUACUGAUGUUCAGUAUUGUCCAUGUUUGCACAUUUUUGCACUGCAUUUGAUUGCACUGUUGAAUCUAACUAUUUUGUAUGGGCAUGCUGGACUUGCUCUAAAGUAGUAUGUUGCAUUUAUAUGAACAGUUCAAGCUUCCCAGAAAGGAUGCAAAAUACAAACAACUGCUAACUUCAUCUACUGCAGUGCUAUGAUUGAAUUCUUGUUAAAAUGGUAAGAGGUUGUCCUAUUGUAAACACAUUGGAAAUAUUGAAAAUAAACUUUAUAUAAAACUAGUUUCAAUUUUUCUCUUUUCACACUGGUGAAAAUCAAAUCCUUUUCUAGAUUAACCUAGUUCAAAGAAAAUAGAAUAUAAAAUCUCCUCCUAAAUGCUGGAACCCGUAACACUUAAACAUUUGUCAAGAGUUUGUUGUUAAUCUGAACAUUGUAUUGAAGCCAAUAUUCACGAAAGGAAAACUAUAAAAUGAAUGGACUGCAUGAUUAUGGAGAUACAUUAUUAAAUAGAUUUAUAAAGCAUCGGGAAAAAUGACAUUGUUAAAGAUUUGAACUAGAAAUAAACAUUGCAUAUGGUUAAAUAACAUUAUCAGACUGGUUUGAAUUAAGAAAGGAAUUCAGUUAAGACAAAUUAAACAAGAAUUGCAUUGGGUCUUUGGUCCAUUUGAAAGCACAGAUAGAAAUUACAAAACUAAAGCAGACUGUUUCAUCUAACAAGUCUCUGUCAGACCUUUUCCUCCAAAUGAGCAAUUAGUUUUAAUCACAUUUUCUCUGUCUGCUACCAUAUUUCUUUUCUGUCACCUAAUGUCCAAUCCAAUUGCCUCAAAUCUUGACUAUGAAUUCGCCAAAAGACCUCCUUUAACCUUGAAUUUUGCAUCACUUGUGGAGCUUGUGACCACCGUAGCCAUACAUCCUUUCUGUAACCUGUAGUUUUUAUUAUUUGCAUUGUUCUGCUGAAGAAAUGUCUUUCUAACUCAGCCUUAAAUUGUCUACCCCUUAUUCUAAAAUUGUGACCCCCCCUGGUUCCAGAUGCCUCAGCCAGGGGAAAUGUUCUUCCUGCUUCCAGCCUGUUGACACCUAUAAGAAUUUUGUAAGGGUCAAUGAAAUCUCUCAUUCAUUCUUCUAAACUCUAGAGAACACAGGCCUAAUCUACUCAAUCUCUCCUUCUAUGGCAAACCUAGAACCAGGCAAGUGAAUGUUUAUUGCACAAUCUCUAUGGGAAGUACCUUCUUGUUAUUGUUUAUCUAUAUAAACAAAAAACCUUACAAUGGAACACAAUACUCCAGGUGUGGUCUCAUCAAGACCCUAGUAAGACAUCUUGUAUUUAAGGCCCACAUAUCAUCUACCUUCCUGAUUAAUUGCUACACCUGCAUGGUGGCUUUCAGUGACUUGUGUACAAGAACAUGUAGGUUCAUCUGAACAUUAAACAUUACCCAAUCUCAACAAAUGUUCUGCUUUUCUGUUUUGUGCAACAUAGAAUCAUAAUGUCAUGGAGCCAAACAACACGGAAGUGGCUCAGCUGGUAAAGCUGCUGCUUCGCAGCUCUACAACAUGCCCUCAAGUCCUGUCUGUGUGGAGUAUGCACGUUCUCCCUAUGACCAAGCAGGUUUCCUCUAGGUGGUCUGGUUUCUUUCCACAACCCAAAGACCAAAGGGUUGGUAGGUAAUAAGCCAAUGUAAAGUUGCCCUUAGUGUAAGUGGAUGGUAGAAUUGAUAGGAAUAUGGGGAGAAUACGUAACAGGGAAAAGCAGUGGGGGAAGUAGGAUUGCUCUGUGAACUGGCAUAGACUCAAUGGACCAAAGAGUCACCUUCUAUGUCAUAAGGCAAUAUGGAAUUAUGGCCCAAUGAUUCCACACUGAUCAUCAAGUACCUAUUUAUUCUAAUCUAAAUCUAAUCCCAUUUUAUUCUCCCUCCAUUCCAACCAACUUCCCCACAUUCUACCAGUAUCACUCCACUCACCUGCACACGGGGGGGGUAACGUACCAACUAACCUACCAACCUGCACAUCUUUGACAUGUGGGAGAAAACUGGAGUAUCCAAAGGAAACCCACAGUCACAAGGAGAACAUGCAAACUUCAUGCAGACAACACUGGAGGUCAAGACUGAACCUAGGUCAAUGGAGCUAGGAGGUAUCUGCUGCACCAUUGUGCCACCACCAGAGUGGAGAAUUUCACAUUUUUCUACAAUAUAUUGCAUCAGUCAUGUUCUUGCCUACUCGGUCAGCUUGUUGGGAAGAGGAUGUGAAGCCACUUUACAUCCUCCUCCCAACUCACAAUCAUCAACAAACUGGAAAUAUGGUAUUUGGUCCCUUGAGCCAAUCAUUGAUACAGAUCAUGAAUAGCUGGAGCCUAAGCACAAAUCCCUGGGGUACCACCUUGUUCAUAGCCUGCCAACUUGAAAGAUCUGGCUAUUCCUACUCUUUGUUUUCUAUCCAAUGAAUAAUUCUCAAUCCAUGUCCACACCACCAUGUUCAGGAACAGCUAUUUUCCUACCGCCAUCAGCUUCUUGAACCUAUCUGCACAACCUAACCCUACCUCAGCAAUGGAAAACUAUGGACCACCUCUUGCACCACCAUGAACUUGUCUUCGAUUGUGUCUCUUUUUUGCACUGUGGUCUUCAUUUUGCACAGUCUUUUUCCCCCCACUGUCAGGUAUAAUUUAUAUUCCUUGUGUCGUCUGUACCUACAUGCCUGAGAGCUGCUGCAAGCAAGAUCUUCAUUGUACUAAACCUCACCAUACUUGUGUGCAUGACAAUAAAGUCUUUCUGAUUUGACAUUACCUCCAACUCCAUGUGCUCUAACCUUGCUGACCAAUUUUCUCUGGGGGACUCAUCAAAAGUCUCCCCAAGAUCCAAAUACAGCACAUGCAGUGGUUCCCCCUUAUCUAUUUUGAGUCACAUCCUCAAAGGACUCCACUAGAUUAGUUAAACAUGAUUUUAUUUUCAUAAAUCCAUGCUGACUCUGCUCAAUCCUGUCAUUCUUUUCAAGGUAUUCUGUUAUUACAUCUCACAAUAUAGAUUCUAGCACCUUCCUCACCACUGAUGUCAAAUGAACAAAUCAGUGGAUCCUUUUGUUUUCUCUGUAUUUCCUUUCUUAAAUAGUGGGGGUCAUAUUUACUACCUUCCAAACUGCAGGAACAAUUCCAGAAUUUCAGCAGGUGAUAUCCACCUUCUUCAAAACUCUGGGAUGUAGGUAAACAGGCCAUUGGGAUUUAUUGGCUUUUAGUCUCACUAACUAUUCAUAGUUAUUAAUAGUACUGUAUAGCAAUGAUACUUUUUCGGUUCUUCAUUCCAAGAUUCCCACCAUCCAGGCCAUGCCAUCCUUUUGCAGCUACCAUUGCACAGGAGGUACAGAAGCCUGAAGUCCCGCACCACCAGGUUCAAGAACAGCUAUGUCCCCUCAACCAUUCGGUUCCUGAAUAUACCAGCAAAACCCUAAUCACUACAGCUUAGCAACACUAUGACCACUCCAAUCACUUGCAGUAAAAUGGACUUUGUUUUUUGUACUAAUUGUUUUUCUUGUAAAAAAAUAUGUAUAAUUUAUUUUUAACUUAUGUUUGUCUUGUGAGUACUGUGCAUGUUAUGCAAUG